CUUGUAGCUAGCUCGGUCGUCCUCGGCGUAUGAUCAUCGACAUGGACGGUGGGAUCAGCAACACAGGAGCUCCGGAUCUGGCAGCCAUUCUUGCCACGCUUGCCAAAUACAAGGGAGAUGGCAGCUCAACAGAGCCGAACACCCCCGAGUCCAGGCAGACAACUCCAGCGACGUCCUUCACUGAUGGCAACAACCAUCGUACAAGCUUGGACCAGAAAGCUCAAGAUCCCCGGCUGAGACCUCAAAGUCGGUCUUCUGCUGCUGCUGCUGCUGCUGCUACUCCUACCAGGCCAAUGAUCGAUCCUGCCACCAUAACUGUCUGGUCGGAAGGCCUGCGAUGUGUAACCAAGCUGGCAGCUCAAAAUGCCCAAUUUGCGGAAAGCAUACGACGGAUGAUUAAAGACCAGAGAGCUAAUGAAAUGCGAUGGUACUCUGAGAGACAAAGUCUGAAGCAGACUCAAGCCAACCGCUCAUCCUCUGCUGCUCGAGCUCAGUCCAUCCUGAAGUCUCUGAAUACUAGCUUCUAUGGCUCACCUCCGGAAGUCGUUGAGCCAGAGGUCGACAAGGAGCGAGAGUUGGCCGAGUUUGACCAGAAGCUGUACUCAGCCCAGGUGACUAUGGAGAGCGCCAUGAUACUUGAGUUGAAGGGCCUUGGCGUGCCUUUCUUCGGCACAGAUGCUUCGCUGGUUGUGUCGAACGAUAGUGACCUGAGUAAGGACGCGAAUUCUCAGAACAAUCCCAAAUGGAGCCCACUUGUGACGGAGGACCAGCUCAUGGUGUUGAGGAGGAAGAUGGUUCAGCAUUUAGAGGAUCUGUACAAGGACUGAUAGCAAGUAUGUCGGUGGCACAUUGUACGAAAAGCAUAGCAGUUGCAGCGAUGAAGAUGCAAUGAGGCGAACAUGAGUGUGAAGUGGGAGAACAAAUUUUUCCAGUGAAUUCCGGUCACAUGCUGGUCUUCGACUGACUUCACAUCCGAGAUGCAGCACAUGCAACUCACUGUGCUCUAGCUCAGUUGAAACAGGACAUCAAUAAAGCCACAUCAGUUUCGCACCUGGCU